GCUAACUCGACCUUUCCGAUAUUUAAAUUUGUGCCCCUCUAGCCGUCACCUUCUUUCCAUUGUCCGCAGAUCUGAACACCUACCUGCCUCAACACCUACGAUCCCGUUUGCGUAAGCCGCCUCUUCAGCGCCGUCUUCGAUUUCCCUUGACGGGCCUCCGACGGUCCACUGCCGCCGCUUCCUGCCCGCCCCGAGAGCCAGUGAGCCAGAUUCCGUCAUCGUCAAAUCGACCCACCCUUCGAGGGGCGUCGCAACACCCCGCCCAUCCCAUCACCUCCCACAUACUCCAGGCUUUUGUCACAUCAGCCGUAGCAGCCAUCCCGACCGCGCCGUGCCGACGCCUUCGGGUGAUGCCUAUGCCCUCAUCUGCAUCGGCAUCAGUUCCAUCGCUGAGGUUCCCCAAGCCCCAGGGCAGCCAGCGCCUCGCCAACUGGAUAUCAUCUAGCUCCCCUGACAUAAUGUCGCAGCCGGUCUCGGGUCCCGCCAUGGACGACGAUGUCAUGGCCGAGUUCGAGAUGAUCAACACCGAUGGCGAGACUGAAUCUCUUGGUAGCUCCGUGGACCUUGUUGCGGAGCGUCUUGCUAGGCCAGAUGACAUGGUCAGUCUCGCGAGCACCGACAACACAACAGACAAAGAGGAGUACCACCAAGACGAUGACUAUCUGGGUGGAAACGAUGACGUCGACUACCAUCGCCCGUGGCUUGCGUCCAUCGAUAACGUGGUCGAGGUUCCUUCCCCAAGUCACUCGCCAUCAGGCUACGCCGAUAUGCGAUCCCCCGGCUACAUCUGGGCCUCGCAUACCACAGAGAAACCCUUCAAGAGGGAGGCCCCUCCCCUCAAUGUCGGGAGCCUCCAGGUUACCGAGGCUGCCGCCAGCUGCGCGCUUAAGCAACAAACUUCGACGGGGGAGCCUCAGGUUACCAAACGCGGACCAGCUCAGCUUGCCAAGGCGUUAGUGGAUGGACCUGGCGUCGAGCCCUGGCUCAGGGUGGUUCGCGCCGUGAUGGCUGCCUUCCUUGUCGGAGCUUUCGUCCACGCAGUUCUUCCAUUCCCCCAAGAUGCAAAGGAGGCCCGUCAUCCAUCCCGAGCUGCCCAGCAUCACCCGACGCCCAUAACCAUAAUUGCAACCCCCGCAACGGUCACUGUCACGGUCACGUCGACGUCAACAGUUCGACUCAACAACAUCCAGGACCUGGUGAGGAAGAUCACCGAUACUGCCGGCGGGGCUGUAACAACUGUGAGGACUGCAGACGGCACGUACAUGCCCGCACUGGUCUCUAUGGCGUCGAGAAUCUGGAACGAGACGGCGAGAUCUGUCAAGUUCGCCGGAGAGGUCGCUUCUUACAGGCUCCCAGAGGAUGCCAUCGGCCAUCUGGGCAGGUCGAUCGGGGCCAGCGCCAUGAGAGUUCGGGCCGAUACCGAGCAGAGGGUUGCGCACCACCUCAAGACUGCCGAGGCCCUGAAAGAUGAUCUAAACUUCAACGUCCUCAGGGCUCAAAUCCAAUCCUGGCUGAUCUGCCUCCGGUUCCGUGGCGAUAUGGCCGAGUACAAGAGGUACGAGGCACGCGCGAUCGAGCAUCUGAGGAUCAAGCAUCAUGAGAUAUUGGCCAGGCGAGCCCCAGUUGACCAGGUGCAAUCCCCCACUCUCCCCUGGGGAAUCAAACUGCCCUGGAAUGCUGCCAUAUGACUAUCUCGGCCGAUCAGCUUGCUAGCACCCAUGGCCGGGCGGGACACUUUGACUUUAAAUCUUUGCAUUUGUUCGUUCUGCCCUUUUCCCUGCCCCCUUUGGUCGUCUUUUCCCAUUCCCCUCCUGUUCUUUUGCGUUGUUUUACUAUUCGCACCUCUUCCCUCACUUCUACGUACUGUUAGGGUCAGGUAUUACUGAUGGAUUGGCGUUGGGGGCAGGCACGUGUGAUGCCUGUCUUUGGUUUUUAAUGGUUUGCUCGAGACGAGGUAGCUUGUGUUCAGGUGCUGGUGAGGAAGGAGAUACGGGGACGGGCGCGGAGUCAAGUCAACGACAACCUGGUUGCCGAAGCCUUUUCUGUAGCUCGUUGGUUAAAUGCGGUAAUGGCAUGUUGACUGCCCGACAGUCACACCAGCAUCCAAUGUGAAGCAGCUAGAUGGCCUGUAGAACUUCCCUUGGCGAGGUGGGUCGGCUGUGUACCUACUUACAUCCGUAGGUAGGCGCCUAUCAAGUUCGUUUGUCUCGCCGUCAAAGCGCCAGCCCAGCUUAUCAUGUCUGUCUCUGCAUCCUAGACAGCCAUUUGAGUGGGACGGGAAUAAUACACGGCUCUUCACGUCACUCCGACAGAUGGGCAUGCUAGCUAUGUAUUUAGAUAGGUAUCCUUCAGCUCCAUGAUGUCGUUUCUGGUUGUAUUUGGAAGAUUUAUGGCAUCUGAAAAGUACCACCUUACCCAUGCACAGCCAAAAUGAACCUAUCGACAGAGAGAUUCGUAAAUACCUAGUCACUGUUAGU